AAAAUUCAGCGUGAGCAUCAACUCUAUUACUCCAAAUCAUAUUUCAAUUUAUCGUUUUUUUAAUUUUAAAAAUCAUUUUUGGUAAGGAAGCGAAAAUCAUCGUGGCUGUGUUUGGAUCAUCCAAAACUAAUAUCCCCAUUCCCCAAGUCAUGGUGGCAGCAGCCAUGUUUAUACCUUCACAAACCUCUGCACUUCUGCCGGAAUAACGUUGCUCAGCCAUGGCUACGGCGGCGCAGUUCUUCUAUAUUACCGUCAAUUCUCCCAACUGCCAUCUUACUGCUAAACGGUCCGCAUUUUCUCGCCAACUGAAAGAUGGUGGGAAAUCCUACUCCGGCUUCACUGACAUCACCAGUUCCAGACGCAAACCAAAAUCGCUCUCCCUAGUUUGUAACAAUUCGAGUCCUCCUUCUGAUAUAAGUUCUACAGCAAAGAUAAGAAGUGAAGUUCUUUCUCCCUUUCGGUCUGUUCGGAUGUUCUUCUACCUUGCUUUUAUUGCAAGCGCUGGUCUUGGAGGACUUAUUGCCUCUACACGACUAAUUGCUGCAUUGGCCAAUUCAUCAAGAGGUGCUGAAGUUCCUGAGAUCCUAAAAGGCCUCGGCAUAGAUCUCUGCGCAGUCUCCAUAUUUGCUUUUCUGUAUUUUAGGGAGAAUAAAGCAAAAAAUGCUCAGGUGGCAAAAUUAGCAAGAGAGGAAAAUCUCUCAAAUCUUAAGCUUCGUGUGGAUGAGAAGAAAAUUGUCCCUGUUAGUGCUUUCAGAGGAAUUGCUCGUUUGGUCAUCCUUGCUGGCCCUUCGGCUUUCAUUUCAGAAUGUUUCAAACUCAGUGCACCAUUUACUGAGGGCCUUCUAGAAAGAGGAGUGCUUGUGGUCCCUUUUGCAAUAGAUGGAAUUUCUCCUAGCUUUGAAUUUGAAGAGAAUGAAGAACUUGAGAAAAUUUCCAGAAGAAAAAGGCUAUGGCAGCUUGCUCCUAUAUAUGCCCCUGAGUGGACCAAGUGGAUAGAUGAACAAAAGAAACUAGCCAGCGUCUCUCCUGAAUCUCCUGUGUAUUUAUCUCUACGCCUGGAUGGUCGUGUGCGUGGCAGUGGUGUUGGUUGUCCUUCUUGGAAUGCUUUCGUAGUGCAAUUGCCACCAGUAAAGGGCAUUUGGUCUGGUCUUCUUGAUGGCAUGGAUGGAAGAGUGCUUUAAGAAUUGAGAUCAGAUUUUCUCCUCUUUUUUAUUCUUUGAAGAACUAUAUUAUAUUAUGUUGACAAUAUACUUCUUUUUUCCUCUUCAAUAUAUAAUUGCAGCAUUCACCAA